CACAAAAGGAUCCAAAUGGGAAAAAAAAAAAGACCCUAAUGGAACUCCUAGAAAUGCAAACUAUUGGAAACAGCAUGUUCGGGGUGGGAUUGACAGCAGAUUAGACUCCACAGAAGAAAAUAUCAUUAAUAUUCUUUAAAUUAUUUUUGUUUUGGCAAAUUAAUUUUGACACUGGAGAUGCCCCGCCGAAACGCGGAGAACCCUAGCAGCCUCAUCUGCCGUCUCAUGCCCACUGCUGUCUUCUCCGGCGUCGGCGCCAGACUCAGCACUUCCCAAGUUCAGGUUUCGGCUCACAACGCUGGGGUCUGCGUCAGGCUGCGUGAAAUAAAGGUUGCCUGGUGAGAACCACUUGAAAGGCCAGGCCUUUCUUCCGUCACCGUCACCGGGGCUCCUCAUGCUUAACAACUGUUAGUUGCAGUCCGCUGUUGGAGGUGCGGGUCCCUGUCGGGCACGAAGAGGGGGAUCUGGGACCCGACCUCGCGGUCGUCACCCUCGUGCCUGGCGGUCAGCGACGCACACAUGGGAUCCUCUGCGUCCAAGGCUGCCCUCAGGGCGACCACCAACGAGCCCACGGAACCAGAGGCGAAACACCUGGCCGAUCUAACGCAGUACAUAAAUGAAACAAAUAUGAGUGUUGAGCAUCUGGCUAGUGUUCUUUCUGAGAAAACUGGGAGCAGCAGCUGGGUGGUGGUGUUCAAAGCCCUGGUUACCACACAUCACCUCAUGGUGCAUGGAGAUGAGCGUUUUAUCCAACACCUUGCAUCUCGAAACUCUUUGUUCACUUUGCACAACUUUCUGGAUGACAGUGUCAUAGAAGGCUAUAGUAUGUCAACGUUCAUCAGACGAUACAGUCGGUACUUGAAUGAAAAGUCACUCGCAUAUAGAUUCAUAGCAUCUGACAUCACGAAAACCAAGAGAGGGACAAAUGGUGUAAUGAGAACUAUGAAUACCAAAGAGCUGCUAAACACACUUCCAGUUAUUCAAACCCAGUUUGAUGCUCUUCUUAAUUUUAAUGCAAAUCCAGAUGAACUAACUAAUGGUAUAAUACAUGCUGCUUUCCUGCUGCUCUUUAAAGAUUCUCUUCGUCUCUUCGCAGCCUACAAUGAAGGGAUCCUUAAUCUGCUAGACAAGUAUUUUAACAUGAGGAGAAGCCAAUGCAAGGAAAGUUUGGAUAUUUACAUCAAGUUCCUUGGAAGAACAACCAAACUGACACAGUUCCUGAAAGUUGCAGAGCAAGUUGGAAUUUACCAGAGCAACAUUCCAUAUUUUACUCAGGCACCCCACAGUUUAAUUGAAGCACUGAAACAGCAUUUAAUUUAUUUGGAAAAGAAAAAUGACUGUUUACCUCCUUACAGACUCCAGCGUGAAUUUAUUCCAUCCAUCCCAGUUAGCCCAGUUGUGAAAGCCUCAGCAAGCCAAGCUUUGAGUACAGUAUUCCCUUCAGAGGCCCACAGAUCCGUGAGAGACAGACAGCAAGGUGGAGUAAUUACAGCAAACAGCAUAGAUGGCACACUUGCUAGCCUUGUGCAAA